ACGGAGUAAAGGCUUAGAGUGUAGAAGAGAAUCGAGCGGGCAAUAAACGUCGACGUCGUCGUAGUCGUCGUCGUCGUCGUCGUCGUCGUCGAUGACGUUGGUGACGUGGAUGGUGGCGCUAGCAUCGUAAUACGAAAUGAUGAUGGCCGUAGUACUAGUAGUAGUAGUAGUAGUAGUAGUAAUGGUGAUGGUGGUGGUGUGGUCGUGCUGAUUGUGAUGCUCGUAGUAGUACCGAGCGUGUGUAGUAGCAAGUUUUAAGGGCGGGAAUGGUGGGUAGUGGCGGCGGCAGUAGCGGAAGCAGUGGUGGUGGUGGUGGUGAUAGUAGUGAGGGUUUCAGUGGUGGGGAGAGGGUGGUCUUUGCCUGGCGUCGUUUUCCUUCGGUGUGGCUGCCUCGGCAUUAGAGUACAGUGUCAGUGCGCGCGGAUCCGUCGUGGGCCGUGAAUCUCUUCUCUCUUCGGCAUCUCUCUCUCCGUGACGCACGAGAGAGGACGCGCGUCGGCGAGGGAGAGAGAGAGAGAGAGAGAGAAAGAGAGAGAGAGAGAUAGGGAUAGGGAUGUGAGAGCGAGCGAGCGUGCGCGCACUGAAAGGAAGAGAGGGAGAGAGAGAGAGACAGAGGCAGAGACAGAGAGAGAGAGAGAGAGAGAGAGAGAGAGAGAGAGAGAGAGAGAGACAGGGUGACAAGAGAGGAAAAAAGGAGAGAGAGAGAGAGACGUGUUAACGUUCCGUGUUCGGGUGUGCGUAUGUUUGUGGGUGUGUUUGUUUGUUUGCGUGUGUUUAGCCAAGGGAGUGUGCGCGCGCGCGGUGCCAUUGGUGGUGCUACCGGUAAAAAUUGGCACCGCUAGUGCUGGUGAAGAAGAAGAAAAAGAAGAAGAAGAAGAAGAAGAAGAAAAAGAAGAAGAAGAAAAAGGAAGAAAAAGAAGUAGAAGUAGAGGUAGAGAAAAAAGAAAAAGAAGGCGGUAGGUGGUGGUGGCGAUGGUGAUGGUAGGUGAUAGUAGUGAUGGUGGAGGACGAUCGUGAAUCGGUAGUGUUGGUGAUGGUACCGGUUGAAUUAAUAACUUCUUCCUCUCUUGAUCAUUCUUCUAGUCUUAAAUAGUAUCGGAGAGAGAAAGAGAGAGAGAGAGAGAGAGAGAGAGAGAGAGAGAGAGAGAGAGAGACAUUUCGGAUACCACGAAACGCGAGACGAAGACGACGACGACGGCUACGGAAACCGGAAGAGUCGUGAGAGGAUGAGAUCGAUAAGGAGGAGGGAGCUUACGUACGAGUUACGUGAAACGGUCGCGUAGAAGAGCGCGUACGUAGCUUUGAUAGUACACAGUAUUUUGUUCGACACCCUUCAUCAAUCGCUUUCAGAAUACCGUCUCAUCCUCAUCUAGUCCGGUGUGCGUCUUGAGGACGAGGGAAAGAGAGAGAGAGAGAAUUCAAUAGAAGGAAGAGAGAGUAAAUAGGAUAAAUAGUGGAAGGUUGGAAAGAGGCUGAAAAGGAGAUUGCAAAAGAGAGAGAGAGAGAGAGAGAGAGAGAGAGAGAGAGAGAGAGAGAGAGAGAGAGAAAGAGAGAGAGAGAGAGAUAGUUUCGGAUAAAACAAGAAGCAAUAGUGAAUAUUCAGCAUCCUUGUCUUUCUCUCUCUCCCCCUUGAUCUCGGGCUCUGCUCGAUGGGGUUCGUCGCCGAAAGAAGGUCAAAGAUCGAUCGCCGACGAAGAAGGGUCGUGACCUCACGCGUACGUACUGACCCACGCGCGUAGUACGUUACGAGCCGGAGGAGGUGGAGUUAGGAGAGGUGGAGGUGGAGGCCCCGUUAUAAAAGAGAGAAAGAUUGGAGAUGAGACGACAAUGGAUCGGUACAUUCCGAUGAUGGGCCUUAUAACGUUAAAAGAAUAUAAUAGGAAAAGAGAUAAGAGUAUUCGGUGAUCUGCUACGAUUCUUAACAUCGAUGAUCCUAGUUCGUGAACGUAUACCUUUGCGUAGAGUAGACCUCACCUUCGAACGGACGAAAGAUCCCGGGAUCGGACGAGUAAGAAAAGAAGUGAAAGAGAACCGAAGGGGAUCAGUUUUUGGGGGUGUUAGGAGCACACGUGCUCGCCGACGGUGUAGAACUUCGUGAGAAAUAGUGAGAAUGGGGCGAAGGGAGGCUCGUUAGCGAUCUAAGGCUGGCAUAGGAACGAUGAAGAGGAAGCAGAGCUGAGAGAAAGAAGAAGAAGAAGAGUAAAAAGAGGUCGGUGGAGAAGAGAGGCUGCUUGCUGCUGGUGCUUCGUGAACAAGCCAGACGGAUCGUUAUUUAUGAGGAUGCGUGCGAAAGUGUAAGGGCGCGACGGUGUGACUGAAAGUGCUCGAUCGGAAGGGAGGCUAAAAGUAGGAGGAGAGAGAAAGAGAGAGAGAGAGAGAAAGAGAGAAAGAGAGAGAGAGAGAGAGAGAGAGAGAGAGAGAGAGAAAAGAAUAAGAAGAAGAAAAGGGGAAGAAAAAGGAAGAAAGAAGUGGAGAUAGGUUUUGAUCGUAGAGAGUCGGUCAAAGGACUAGGCCGACUGUCACAAACUCCUGGUCUGUAAAAAGAGAAGGAGAAAAGAAGAGAAGGGACGAGGAGAGAAGAGAGGAAAGAAGAGAGGAGAGAGAACUGAAGAGAGAGAGAGAGAGAGAAAGAGAGAGGAGAGGGAGUAUAUUCUGGUGUGGUAGGGGUUUGAGAAAAGAGAAAAGGGGGUGGUCGCGAGAUGUCUCGCGAUCCUUAUUCGAGCGGCAGCGGCGUGGUAGGUCCGGGAGGCGGCACCCGCUCACCGCGAAGCGGUCGUCGAGUCGGCGAACUACCGACCGUCGACCGUAGCCCCUCGAGGAGUUACGCGAGCGGUCGCGGAAGUCCUCUAGGACGAAAGAGGGGCACGCGUAGCGGGAACAACUCGCCUGAGCACCUUGGAUACGGUAGCUACCAUCACCAUCAGCUGGGAAGCCCGUACUACUCUCGCGACGAGGACCUCGCCAGUCCCGUCAUGCUCGAGGAGAGGGGCAGGAGUAUGUCGACAGGGGGCGGGGGUAGCAGCGGACAUCACAGAUCCAGAAGCGCCUCGAGACCCGCCAUGUCCAGCUCGGCGGGCAUGUCGACGAGGUACACUAGCCUCGAUCGUGCUUCGGCUGGUAUUCUCGAUCAUGAUCGAGAAUUCGUACCGAUUCGGGAACCGCGUGAACGUAGUCGCGAUCGGGGUCUAUAUCUCGAGGAUGAAAUUUAUGGAUCAAGAUCGGCAAGGCAAAGUCCAAAUCCCCACAUGCUGCGAGAUAGCGGUGGUUAUAUCGGCGAGCUCCAACAUCAGAACAACGAUCUACAAAGAGAAUUGGGUAAUCUCAAGAAAGAACUCGAGCUGACGAAUCAGAAGCUCGGUAGCUCGAUGCACAGUAUCAAGACGUUUUGGAGUCCGGAACUGAAGAAGGAACGAGCCCUUAGGAAGGAAGAGAGCACCAAGUAUAGCCUCAUCAACGAGCAGCUCAAGCUACUCAACUCGGAGAAUCAGAAACAGAGCUUAAUAGUACGACAAUUAGAAGAGGAACUCAGACUGAGGAUGCGUAAUCCAAGCGUUGAGAUGCAACAACAAAUAGAAGUUUUGUACAACGAAAAUGAACACCUCACGCGGGAAAUUGCUAUACUUCGUGACACGAUAAAGGAAUUGGAAUUGAGAAUAGAAACACAGAAGCAGACAUUGCAAGCUCGCGAUGAAAGUAUCAAGAAGCUUCUCGAGAUGCUCCAAAACAAAGGGAUGGGAAAAGAGGAGGAAAGGAUCAUGUUCCAGCAGAUGCAGUCGUUGGCCCAGAAGCAGCUGGAGGAACUCAGAACAGAGCUGCAACGAAGGGAUCAGGAACUCAUGGGUAUGUCGGCGAAGAUGAAGACUCUCGAGGAACAACAUCAGGAUUAUCAACGACAUAUAGCCGUACUGAAGGAGUCCCUAUGCGCGAAAGAGGAACAUUAUAAUAUGUUACAAGCGGACGUCGAGGAAAUGCGGCAAAGAUUGGAGGAGAAGAAUAGGAUGAUCGAGAAGAAGACACAGGCAGCUAUGCAGGCGCAACAGGAACGAAAUCGCAUGAACAACGAGCUAACUGAACUUAAGGAUCACAUGGAUAUAAAGGAUCGAAAGAUCAACGUUCUUCAGCGCAAGAUCGAAAAUCUGGAAGAUCUGCUGAAGGAAAAGGACAACCAGGUUGAUAUGACGAGAGCCCGGUUAACGGCUAUGCAGGCACAUCAUUGCAGUAGCGAGGGUGCACUUAGCACUUUGGAAGAAGCUAUAGAAGAUAAGGAAAAGCAAAUGGCGCAACUUAGAGAACAGAGGGAUCGUGCGGAACAAGAGAAACAGGAAGAGAGGGAACUGCACGAGCGUGAGAUCGCCGAAUACAAAAUGAAGAUACAUGCUCUCGAGUCAGAGGUUGAGAAACUUGGUGCCCGAUUGGAAAGGGCACAAGCUGAGAAGGAUCGGCUCGAGGCAAAACUCGAGAGCUCACAAUCUGAAUUAGGAAAGAGCAAAGCAGAACUUGACAAAGCGGCAUCCGAGGUCGGUCGCAGUGGUGCCGAUUGGGAAGCAGCAAAGCAAAGACUUGCUAGGUUGGAAUUGGAGAACGAAAGACUCAGGCAUGAUAUCGAGAGAUCACAGUCGAGCUUCGGUAGGAGUACAUUGAAUUCGUCUCAGGAGAUGGAUAGAAUUCAAGAGAGAGCAGAGAAAACGGCUGCAGAUUUAAGAAGAGCUCAAGCUGAACUUAGGGUUACACAGGCUGAUAAUGAGAGGGCAAGAGCUGAAGCUGCUGCCCUUCAAGAAAAGGUUGAGAAGAGUCAAGGCGAGGUGUACAGGCUAAAAGCUAGAUUAGAAAAUGCACAGACUGAACAAGAGAGUCUUCGCGAGGAAUAUGAUCGGGCACAAUCAUCAGCUGCUCGUCUUCAUUCCGAGAGAGACAAAGCUAUAGCCGAACUCGAAAAGUCCCAAGAGGAACUUGAACGUACUCAGGCCACGCUCGGCAAGGCACAAUUGCAACAAGACAAAUUACAGAAUUUACUCGAUAAGACACAAAGCGAGGUGGACAAACUUCAGGAAAAGCUCGACAAGUCACAGACCGAAGUUCGUAGGAUGCAAAUGGAAAGAGAAAAGCAAAGUUAUGACUUUGAAAAUUUGCAAAGUCAACUGGAUAAGGCAUUAGGUCAAUCAACCAGGAUGCAAAAGGAACGAGAGACGAUACAGUUGGAAGUUGAUCGUCUCCAAGACAAAUACGAGAAGGCUCAGAUGAUCAUGCAACGACUUCAAAAGGAAAGAGACACCUUCCAAGUAGAAACUGAAACGUUGAACGAGAGGAUAGAGUUCCAACAGAGUCAAAUAGGCAAGAUGCAGCGUGAAAAGGAGAACGUAUUAUCCGAGCUCGAGUUGGUCAAGGAGAGAUGGGACAAGACGCACAAUUCUCAUCAGAAGUUAACCCUCGAACGGGACGACGCAUUGACAGAGGUUAAGAUUCUAAAAGAGAAACUUGACAAGGCCCAAUACUCCGUAACAAAAGCACACGAAGAGCGUGAGAACACGAGCAAGGAAUUUGAGAAAAUGUUGGAGAAGUACGACAGAGCUCAGAGCGACGUGUAUCGACUACAAAAUCGAAUCGAGGUUAUGGAGGCGGACAAGGAUCGAUUGGAGCUCGAAGCCGACAAGCAACAGAUGCUGACGGCAAAGAGCAGAGAGGAUGCACGUAAAGCUCAAGAAGAAUUGGCCAGGGUCCAGGAGAUGUACGACAGGGCUGCAUUACAGCUCGGUCGAACUAAGGAACAAGAGGAAAAAUCGAAGGAGGAUCUGGACAGGCUGGCGGUCGAUCUCGAAAUGAUGCGAGAACGAUACGAGAAAUCACAAAUAGAAUUGCGCCGUUUGCAGAAUGAACGAGAAAAGUUGGUAGGUGACAACGAGCGAAUAAGUUUCGAAUUGGAUCGGGCGCAUUCGCAAUUAAACAAGGCCCAAGCGGCAACGGAGAAAACCCAGGAGGAAUUGGCUCGUAUGCAAUUGGAGAUCGAAAAGAUGUACGAGAAACACGACCGCCAGCAGGCCGAGGUAAGGAAGGCUCAAGCCGAGGCGGAGAGAUCAAAGGCUGAGGUUGAGAGUGCACGCGUCGAGUGCGAGAGGUACGCGGCGCGAUUCGGUAAAUAUCAGGAGAGCCAGGGACGGCAGAAGGAGGAGCACGAAUUGGCGAAGCUGGAGGUCGAGAGGCUACGCGAUCGUCUGGAGAAGGCACUGGCGGAGUUGGAACGCGCGAGGAAGGCCGAGCAGGACGCUUCGAGGUUGCGCGCCGACUUGGAGCGAGCGGAGGGCGUUCGAGGUAAAUACCAGUACGAGCAGGAAAAAUGGCAGAGCGAGGGUAGUAGGCUACAGCAGGAGGUCGAGAAGCUGAGGGAGCGUCUCGAGGGUCGCGAGUCCGAGCUGAAGAGGCAACAGUCGAGCAACGCCGAGCUCGAGGAGAAGCUGCACGAGACGCAGCUUCAGCUCGAGCGUGCUCGCGAAGAAACUAACAAGGCGAAUACGGUACAGGAGAGAAAUCGCGGCGAAGUUGAGAGGGCUAGAAUCGAAACCGAGAAGAUACGAGAUCGGCACGAUAAGAUCAAGACUAAGGCUGACGCGCUCGAGGCGGAUAACGAGAAGCUCCGCGUUGAAAUCGUUAGGCUCGAGAGAUUGAUGCAGACCGAGGGUAAGACGAGAUCGGAGAGCGCGAGCAUCGAGGUGGAACGUUUGAGAGCUAGCCUGGACAAGGCGAUGACCGCUCGAAAUCAGGUAGAGCUUGAGGCUGGUAGAUUAGCUAAGGAACUUGAGAAGGCUCAUAUGCAGACGGUCAAGUAUCAAGAGGCAGCCGAGUUGAACAAAAAAGAACUAGAGCGUUUAGCUGCUGAGAUGACCUUGCUAAGAGAGGAGAGGGACGCGCUCCGUCAGGAGAUACGCCGUAUUCAACAACAGCAGCAACAACAGCAGUUACCGGUAGCGGCCACCGAGGAGAUGGCAAGGCUGCAGCACGAGCUUCAACUUGCUCAGCGAGAACGCGACAAGAUGGCGGCCAUCUUGGAGAACAGGGAAAAACAUUCGGAGAAAAUCGAGAAGGUCAAGGAAAAGCUCGAGGCCGAGGCGAAACAGUUGCAGAUCGAGAGGGAUCAGUUGGUGAUACAGCUGGAAAAAUCGCAGGAGAUGUUAGUAAACUUCCAACAGGAAUUGAACUCGAACGAGGCGGAACUCGAGCGUCAGCGCGAAGAGGUGCGCCGUCUUCAGCAGCUACAGCAACAACGAGUGCACGCGCAGACGCCCGAUCGUGCCGCCAAAGAAGCUCUCGAGGCAAAUAUGAGGGAGGUUCAUCGAUUAAAUCAACAGAUACAAACGCUCACGCAGGCACAAACAAAAGAACGCCAAAGAGCGGAGCAAUCGGAGAAACGCGUCCAAGAACUUCAAAGGCAGAUCGCCACGAGGGGAGUCGAAAGUGGGGCUGCUACAGCUGCCACCGAGGCCCAACUCGAACAAUGGAGGAAACUUUGCGAAACGGAGAAACAACGUGCGGACGCUGCCGAAAGACAAGCGACGGAUCUACAGAAGCAUAUCCAAACGACCGAGAGACAAUUACACGCCCAUCAACAACAAAUACAGCAGAUGCAAGUGACGAUUCAACAGCAGCAACAACAGAUACAACAACAACAGCAGCCGUCGCAAGCGCAAAAUGGGCAGGAGGCUGCAAGGUUACGAAAGGAGCUCGAGCGCGCUCAAGAGGACAUUAAACAGGCCGCGGUCGAACGCGAGAGGUUCCAGGCGCAGCUUGAGAUGCUGUGCCAGGAAAUCGAGAAAAAUCAGGUGGAUCUUCACGAGGCGAACAAGAAACUAAAAGCUGGAGCAGCGAAAGCUGGCGCCGAUUCUAGCCAAGAGAAGAAACAACUGGAGGAGCAAAGGCGUCAGUUGGAGGAGCAGAGGAGACAAACGGAGGAACGAGCCAAAACCGUAGAUCAAAAAUCUAGAACGAUAGAGGAGAAGGAGAGGACGCUCCAAAGUCUCGACCAAGAUUUGAAAAAGCGCAAAGCGAAAAUGGACCAGCUUGAACAACAACUACAAAGGAGCGGCGGGUCACCGGAUAAGAGAUUGGCGGAAAUGCAAAAAGCAUUGGAGUCUGCUGAGAAGGAUUUGGAAAAGGCGAAGGAAGCGUCGGAGAGAAGCACGGCGGAAACCGAGAGGCUGUUGCAACUCGUACAAAUGACGCAGGAAGAACAAAACUCGAAGGAAAAACAAAUUAGAGAACUACAAGAUGCACUCAAAGCCGCACAAGCCAAGUUGAAACAAGCUGCAACUGCACAGCAACAAGAGAAGAAAAUCGAGACAUUGUGUUUAUGUACAUAUAAACAUGCAUAAAAUACAAACGUAUGUGCAUACGAAAAAAAAAAAAAAGGAAAAAAAAAGGAAAAAAGAAAAAGAGAAAACGUGACGCGCUGAAUGCGUCAUACAUGUGGUCUAUCGGAAAGAGAAAGAAAAAAAACAAAGAGUAUCGAAAUAAA